ACCGGCGCACCACCCUCACUCCACCAUACCCCAACUCCCUCCACUCACAGCAGCCCUCCACCACCCCAUCUCUCCGCCAGCUCAAGUUUCGCGCGGCAACUACGCCUCUCUGGGCUAUCCAUCAGUCAGCUGAGCCACCACUCCCGACCCCACCAUUACACACUGCCAAACACCAUGAGACGAUAGACAUUAGAUAGCAGCAAAUAUGGACUUUACGAUUUCGCUCGCACACUUUUGCGAAGUCCACGGUCCUACCUCCAUCAUCUGUACCCAAGCAUCCACCUCGCCCUGCGGCUCCUGCAACCCAUGCGUCACGCCCCCGUCCGACGAGCCCCAUUUGGCCUGCUCUUAUAAUGGCCUGUACGACCAGCCCACCUCCCUUAAGCUGAACCCGCGCGCCCCCCAGCUCAACUCGCCCUUUGACUCGCCCCCCACUAGCCCAAACUCACCCUCACAUAAUCCAUACUUUCCCAGCUGCUCCUCAUCGUCCGCUGGCAGCAGCUUCGGCGGAAGGAGACCUAGCAGCACCCUCGAAUCAGACUCGGACGUAUGCGAAAACUGCCAGAUGGUAGUUCCCCAAAAGUACAGCGACAAGAUUCCCAACGGUGCCCCCGGCAGCCCCACCAAAGACGGACGAGGAAGGAACGGUAGUCCCGUGUUACGCAGCUCACAAAGCUAUCCCGUACGACGCCCUAUUUCGCGCGAUGAUGUCAGCAGUACCGAUUCGUCAGACGUCUCAGACACCGAACAGUCGGCUUCUUUCCAGAGUGGCAACUCGAGCUUGUAUCCAGACUCGAUACCCGCCUCGCCCUCUCUUAGCUCAAGAAGCGUCCACACCCACACCCUCAACUACAUCUCCACCAGCCAACCACAGUCGCCCAGCACCUACUCUCUGUUGCGACGCACCUGCAUCCGAACCUUGUCGACCGAGGUCCUCCCCCUUAGCAAGCCGUCUGGACCCAUAAUGUUUGGCGACUCAGUCGCCGGCUACACUAUUGCCUAUGUCUUUCGUCUGCAGGAUCCGCGAUCGCGAGGCGCUAAGCGCACCUAUGCGCUCAUUGCCAUGGCUGGUCGCGACUGUCGCAGAGCCACAAAGGCCAUGGUCAAGAUUACCGAGGCUUUCGAGGGCAUCGCCAACAGAAUCAUUUCGCUGGCCGACAGGGUUCUUGAGCGAGAGAGCGCAGCUUCGCAGAGCAUACCGCGCCCAGCUACGGCUGUACCCGGAAGCACUCCCCCUCUCGGCACUUCAGCCUCCUCGACAUCCUCAACAACCUCACAGCUGUUAUCGCCUCAGAAGGAACGAACCUCGUCGACCACCAGUGCGCCCAGUUUCCGCAACAUCACUCCCGUCUCUUCUUUCUUGUCUGCCAAAAAGCUCGACCCCGAUGGCUUCCCUCGUGUGUCUCGUGACGUGAUGAAGGCCAAGAGCCUGAUUGAGAUUGUCGGCCAGGAAAACUUCUUCGUCGACCUUCACACCCUCUUCUGCCGACUGCUACACUCUUUGAUCAAGCAGUACGGAUAGAUUUUUCCCACUUGUCGCUUCUUUUCAGCGUACACCCUUUGCUUUCUCUUCGUUGUAUGUCUUACUCAUUGUUGCAUUUCCUACUAGUCGUUUCUCGUCAUGCGUUAUAGCGUUUUCUUUUUCCAUUAGUUCCACAGUGUGUUGGAGCGCCGGCGUUGGGGUACAACCACUUUUCUUCCAACGACAUCGUUAUCUUGCUUCGCGACUCACAGACCAGACGAGCAAGGUCGAGUAGCUUUAUACCCUGUUUGCGAUACCCGAAGCUUCUUGUUUUUGUUGCCGGGACUGAGCAGUGCACAUUAGAUUCGUGCAACUUGA